CCCUUCGUUUAAACUCUUCAGGGGACUAGUUGCAGGGACUGGUCGCAGGGUCUAGCCCCCUCGUGUAUGCCGACUUUAAAUGUAUCGUGGUCAUCAUCAUCAUCAUCAUCAUCAUCAUCAUCAUCUUUUGAGCAUGUUGUAACGCCGGCACAAACGGAGUACCAAGUAGACGCAAAUUUUCAUCUUGUUACUCUGUUUGGCUUGCGAUGACUUGCGUUCGCUGGCUUUGGUUGGGAUUUUAUUUACCCAGAUUUUACCAAGGCAGAUUUAAAACAGAUGUCAGAUUCUGUCUUUGAAGUGGCAUUCACAAUUCCCUUUGGUAAAAGUUGUUAAGGUCAGUAGAUGGUGCAAUGGAACGUUUUUAUUUUAGGUAGAGGUCAACAAAGGGUUUUUCUUUGAGAAGAGAAACCAGCGAUAAGUUUAUGAAAUUCUUCUCCGCAUUCUUUUGCCCAAAGCCGCCUGCCCCUCUCAGCCCGCGAGGCCUUGGCACGAGAAGAGAUGGCUUUGGAGAUAUAAUGUAAUUAACUAGAUUCUUAAGAAAGAGAUUUUCCCCCAUUUAACCUUUUUUCCUUCCCAAAAAUACCCAGUAGUUGAAUUAUUGCUGAAACCGUUCGAUCGCAACACCAACAGAUUUUCUGCAAGUUUCAGACUUGCUAACGGAGAGAAUUUGCUCUGAAGUCCUUUAUAACGAAACAUGUGAGUGCGACCCGGUCAGAAUUUUAGUCUGAUUUAAAUUCCCUUUUCCUCGUGCCAAAGCCACACCGGCUGAGAAGUCCAGGUGACUCUGGGUACGAGAAUGUUCAGAGCCACUAUUUCCUCGUGCCAAGGUUCCCCCGGCUAAGAGGUCUGGGGGCGAGAGUCACCAGAUAAUAAAAGAAGGGACUUUUACCCUUGGAGUUCGAAAUCGAAAGAUGUGUGGGAGCGAUUAUAUUAGUCGGGUUGGUCAUAGUGAUUUCAGUUUAUGAAUAUUUCUGUGUUGUACUGUUCGGUCGACUGGCUGGUCACUAAACUUCGGAAGGCAUCGCAAAAGAUUAGUAAUCUCAAACACCGAAAACUCCCAGCAUCCAUGGCGAGGAGUCCGAUCAAGGUUCCGAGUGAAAAUGACGUCAUACCACCUGCUGAAGAAACACUGGAUUUUGAUGACGACAAUUUACGAGCAAUAGCUGAGGUUUACAAGAAUCAAGGCAAUGAGGAAUACGGAAAAAGAGAUUUUGCGAGUGCCAUUCACUAUUACACGGAAGGAAUUAAAGUGAACUGCAAGGAUAAAGAAUUGAACGCCAAACUGUACAGUAACAGGGCGAUUGCACAUUUUUAUUUGGGAAAAUAUCACGAGUCACUAAGUGACGCAAAAUCAGCCACAGAAUUACAACCAACUUUCCUCAAAGCGAUCGUAAGAGGAGCGAGUGCCUGUGUUCAGCUCAAUCAGUUUGAAGAAGCCAUCACGUGGUGUGAUAAGGGAUUGGCACUUGAUAAAAAUAACAAGACUUUGUUGGAAUUAAGGGUUAGGUCUGUCGAUGAACGAAACAAAGUGACCGAACCUCAGAUGGUGGAAGGCUUGGAAGGAGCACUGCCUCGACCAGCAGAGUUGACCGAACUAAGUCCUUUUAAGUCCAAAACUCUCACAAGAGAUGAGCAGGAAAUAAACCGCUACAAUCAAUGUCUCAUCAUUGCAAAAUGUAUGGGGAACAGGGCUGAAGAAGGCCAUGUUUACCAUAAUCUUGGUAUUGCUUGGAGAGACCACGGUGAUGUACAGAAAGCCAUCGAAUACCAUAACCUACAGCUUAAAAUUGCCAGAGAAUUGGGGAACAGGACUGAGGAAGGAUAUGCAUAUGGAAAUCUUGGGACCGAUUUUCUUAAACUCGGUGAUUUGAAAAAAUCUAUAGACUACCACAUGCUCCAGCUCAAAAUUGCUGAAGAAAUAGAUGACAAAAAAGACAAAGGACAUGCAUAUGGUAAUCUUGGCAUUACUUUUUACAAUCUUGGUGAUUUCACAAAAGCGGAGCAUUACCACAAACUAGACCUCAACAUUGCCAGGGAACUGGGAGAUAAAACUGGGGAAAGGAGCGCGUCUGCCAAUCUUGGCUCCGCUUAUCGAGCUAGAGGUGAUUUCAGAAAAGCCAUAGAAUAUCACAAUCUUGACCUUAAAAUUUCAAAAGAACUGGGUGACAAGGCUGGAGAAGGAGCUGCUUAUUGCAAUCUUGGCUGCGCUUUUCACGGUCUCGGUGACUACAAAAAGGCAAUAGAGAACAACAACUUACAACUUGAAAUUGCUAAAGAAGUGGGAGACAAGGCUGGCGAAGGCAGGGCAUAUGGCAAUCUUGGCAUUACUUUUAAAAGUCUCGGCGACUUUAAAAAAGCCAUCCACUAUCACAACCUACAGCUAAGUGUUGCAUUAGAAUGCAAUGACAAGAUUGAGCGAGGACAGGCAUACUGCAAUCUUGGCAACGAUUUCCUAAACCUCGGUGAUUUUAAGAAGGCUAUAGACUACUUCAAACUUCAUCUUGAAAUUACCCAAGAAGUGGGAGACAAGGCUGGUAAAGGAAUGGCAUAUGACAACCUUGGCCUUGCUUUUCAAAAUCUCGGUGAUGUCCAAGCCGCCAUAAUCGCCCACACCCUAUCUCUUCGUAUCGCCAAAGAAGUUGGAGACAAGGCUGGAGAAGGAAUGUCAUGUGGAAAUCUUGGCCGUGCUUUAAACAUUCUCGGUGAUUACAAACAAGCCAUAGACUAUUAUAAGCUGGACCUUGAAAUUGCCAAAGAAGUAGGAGACAAGUUUAGUGAAGGGCUUGCUUAUGAGGGACUAGGUGCAAGCUUUGAAUCACUUGGUCGUUUACCUGAAGCCUCAGAUUAUUACCAGUCUAGUGUAAGAUCAUACAAUCAUGUGAGAGGUUUUCUUAAAUCCAAAGACGAGUGGAAAAUUGGAUUUCGGGAUGCAUUUAACAAUUCUUACAAAGCUUUAUGGAGAGUUCUGUUGAAACAAGGCAAGAUUACUGAAGCUUUGUGUGCUGCUGAGAAAGGACGAGCGCAAGCUCUUACUGAUCUUAUGGAAUCUCAAUUUGGAAUUCACAUGAAUCAGGCUGAGUCAAAUGCGGAAGAGGAACAUGAACUGAACUUGUCAGAAAACAUUUCAUCUUGCACAGUCUUCCAGGCUGUUGACAAAGAAACAAUCACUCUCUGGGUUCUCUCGAAAGGGAAGCCUGUACAUUUGAGACAAAAGGAAAUUACCCAUGGAUUGAAAGAUGCCGCCGCCUACUUCAGGUCCACAAUGCAAAAAGCUUACAAAGAAGUUGGUGUUCGUUCUGAGGCUAGAUGUGAGGAUCGAUCUUUGGAUGCAUUGAGGAAAUAUGAUCACACGGAAGAUGUGAAGUUUGAAGAUGAAAGCUCCCAGCCUUCCAUCUCACUAGAGUCUCCUUUGAACACUUUGUACAACAACAUAAUUAAGCCAGUUGCCGACCUGGUUCAAGGAAAUGAGCUUAUCAUUGUCCCAGAUGGCCUCUUGUGGCUGGCUCCAUACGCUGCACUUAUGGAUGCUGAUUCCAAAUACCUGUGUGACUCUUUUAGAGUCCGGGUAAUUCCCUCGCUGACAAGUUUAAAGCUGAUUGCUGAUUGUCCCAAAGAAUACCACAGUAGAAGUGGAUCGCUACUUGUGGGAGAUCCAUGGGUUGAGGAAGUUACCAAUAGCAAGGGAGAAAAAAUCCUAGAUCCGCUUCCGUUUGCCAGAACGGAAGUGGAAAUGAUCGGGCGAAUUCUCAACGUAACACCUAUUAUUGGAAAACAAGCAACGAAACGUGAGGUGUUGAAAGAACUCAGUUCCGUCGCUUUGGUUCACUUUGCAGCACAUGGUCGCAUGGAAACUGGCGAAAUUGCUCUAACUCCGGACCCAAAGCGAAGAUCCCCGAUCCCUAUGAAGGAAGACUACAUUUUGACAAUAGCCGAUGUGCUGAAUGUUAAACUACGAGCAAGACUGGUUGUUCUCAGCUGUUGCCACAGUGGUCGAGGAGAGAUCAAGGAUGAAGGCGUGGUCGGUAUUGCACGUGCCUUUAUGGGUGCUGGCGCUCGUUCUGUUUUGGUCUCACUCUGGGCGAUCGAUGACGAGGCCACGUUGGAGUUUAUGAGAAGCUUCUACCAUCACCUUGUGGAAGGGAAAAGUGCAAGCGAGUCCCUGAACCUGGCCAUGACAAGCCUAAGAGAAUCAGACAAGUACAGUGAUGUUAAACACUGGGCGCCUUUUGUACUGAUUGGUGAUGACGUCACCCUAGAAUUUGAUCAGAAGAGAGCUAGUGCCUGUGUUCAGCUGAGUCAGUUUGAAGAAGCCAUCACGUGGUGCGAUAAGGGAUUGGCACUUGAUAAAAGUAACAAGACUUUGUUGGAAUUAAGGGCUAGGUCUGUCAAUGAGCGAAACAAAGUGACCGAACCUCAGACGGUGAAAGGCUUGGAAGGAGCACUAAACCCUACAAAGUCUAAAACUCUCACAAGAGGUGAACAAGAAAUAAACCGCUUCAAUCAAUGUCUCAUCAUUGCAAAACUUAUGCGGGACAGAGCUGAAGAAGGCCGUGUUUACAAUAAUCUUGGUAUUGUUUGGAGACAUCAAGGUGAUGUUCAGAAGGCCAUCGACUACCACAACCUACAGCUUAAUAUUGCCAGAGAAAUGAGUGACAAGGCUGAGGAAGGAAAGGCAUAUGGAAAUCUCGGCAACGAUUUUCUUGCAUUCGGCGACUUAAAAAAAUCUGUAGAAUACCACAUGCUAGAUCUCACAAUUGCUGAAGAAGUGGAAAACACAAUCGGAAAAGGACGUGCAUACAGUAAUCUUGGCGUUACUUUUCACAAUCUUGGUGACUUCAUCAAAGCAGAACAUUACCACAAACUGCAUCUUAACAUUUCCAAAGAGAUGAGAGACAAAGCUGGGGAAGGGCGUGCGUAUUCAAAUCUUGGCUGUGCUUCACAAGCAAGAGGAAAUUUCACAAAAGCCAUAGAAUAUCACAAUCUUGAUCUUAAAAUUGCAAAAGAACUGGGUGACAAGGCUGGGGAAGGAGCUGCGUAUGGCAAUCUUGGCCAUGCUUUUCACUGUCUCGGUGACUACAAAAAGGCAAUAGACACCAACAACUUGCAACUUGAAAUUGCCAAAGAAGUAGGAGACAAGGCUGGCGAAGGAAAAGCAUACGAUAACCUUGGUAAUGCUUUUCGAGGUCUCGGUGACUUUAAAAAAGCCAUACACUAUCACAACCUACGUCUCAGUAUUGCAAAAGCAAGCAGGGACAAGAUCGGUCUAGGGCAUGCAUACGCCAAUCUAGGCAAUGCUUUUCGAAGUCUUGGUGAUUUUAAGAAAGCCAUAGACUACUACAAACUUCAUCUUGAAAUUACCCAAGAAGUGGGAGACAAGGCGGGCGAGGGCAGGGCGUACGGCAAUCUUGGCUUUGCCUUUUACAGCCUCGGGGACUUCAAAAAGGCCAUAGACUUUCACAGCUUGCAUCUUAAGUUUGCUGAGAGGGUAGAAGACAAGGCUGCAAAAGGAGGAGCUUAUGGGAAUCUUGGCAAUGCCUUUUUCAGUCUCGGCGACUACAAAAAGGCCAUUGAUUACCACAAACUCCAUCUGAAAAUAGCAGAGGAAGUUGGAGACAAGGCUGGCCAAGGAACAGCGUAUGGCAACCUUGGCAUUGCUUUUCAGAAUUCUGGUGAUAUCCAAAACGCCAUAGUAUACCACACCCUAUCUCUUAGUAUCGCAAAAGAAGUUGGAGACAAGGCUGGAGAAGGAGUCUCGUAUGGAAAUCUUGGCCUUGCUUUUUACAAUCUCGGUGAUUACAAUAGAGCCAUAGACUACUAUAAGCUGGAUCUUGAAAUUGCCAAAGAUGUAGAAGACAAGGCUAGGGAAGCAGUUGCUUAUGAGGGGCUAGGUGUCAGCUUUGAAUCACUUGGUCGUCUACCUGAAGCCUUAGAAUAUUACCAGUCUAGUGUAAGAUCAUUCAAUCAUGUGAGAAGUCUUCUUAAAUCCAAGGAUGAGUGGAAAAUUGGAUUUCGAGAUGUGUUUAACAAUUCUUACAAAGCUUUAUGGAGAGUUCUGUUGAAACAAGGCAAGAUUACUGAAGCUCUGUUUGCUGCUGAGAAAGGACGAGCGCAAGCUCUUACUGAUCUUAUGGAAUCUCAAUUUGGAAUUCAAGCAAAUCAGGCUGAGUCAAGUACAGGAAAAGAAGAACAUGAACUUGAUAUGUCGGAGUACGUAUCAUCUUGCACUGUCUUUCAGGCUGUCGGCAAAGGAAAGAUCAGUCUCUGGGUUCUCUUGAAAGGGAAGCCUGUAUGUUUGAGAGAAAAGGAAAUUGUCCAUGGAUUGAAAGAUGCCGCCGCCAACUUCAGGUCUAUAAUGCAAAAAGCCUAUAAACAAAUUGGUGUUCGUUCUGAGGCUAGAUGCGAGGAUCGAUCUUUGAAUGCAUUGAGGAAAUAUGAUCACACGGAAGAUGUGAAGUUUGAAGACGAAAACUCCCAGCCUUCCAUCUCACUAGAGUCUCUUUUGAGCAAUUUGUAUCACAACAUAAUUGAGCCAGUUGUUGACCUGGUUGAAGGGAAUGAGCUUAUCAUUGUCCCAGAUGGACCCUUGUGGAUGGCUCCGUACGCCGCACUUAUGGAUGUUGAUUCCAAAUACCUGUGUGACUCUUUUAGAAUCCGGGUGAUUCCCUCGCUGACAAGCUUAAAGCUGAUUGCUGAUUGUCCUCGGGAAUACCACAGUAGAAGUGGAUCGCUACUUGUGGGAGAUCCAUGGGUUGAAGAAGUUACCAAUAGCAAGGGAGAAAAAAUCCUAGAUCCGCUUCCGUUUGCCAGAAAGGAAGUGGAAAUGAUCGGGCGAAUUCUCAACGUAACACCUAUUAUUGGAAAACAAGCAACGAAACGUGAGGUGUUGAAAGAACUCAGUUCCGUCGCUUUGGUUCACUUUGCAGCACAUGGUCGCAUGGAAACUGGCGAAAUUGCUCUAACUCCGGACCCAAAGCGAAGAUCCCCGAUCCCUAUGAAGGAAGACUACAUUUUGACAAUAGCCGAUGUGCUGAAUGUUAAACUACGAGCAAGACUGGUUGUUCUCAGCUGUUGCCACAGUGGUCGAGGAGAGAUCAAGGAUGAAGGCGUGGUCGGUAUUGCACGUGCCUUUAUGGGUGCUGGCGCUCGUUCUGUUUUGGUCUCACUCUGGGCGAUCGAUGACGAGGCCACGUUGGAGUUUAUGAGAAAUUUCUACCAUCACCUUGUGGAAGGGAAAAGUGCAAGCGAGUCCCUGAACCUGGCCAUGACAAGCCUAAGAGAAUCAGACAAGUACAGUGAUGUGAAAUACUGGGCGCCUUUUGUACUGAUUGGCGAUGACGUCACCCUAGACUUUGAUCAGGAGAAAUGAUUUUCGACGGAGUUUAUAACCCGGCCGACUAGCGUCCCAGUGCAAGAGGCCUACAGCAUGGUCUGACGAUAACAGAUGAAACUUCCAAGAGCACGUUUGGGCAAAAGAACUCUCAGAACUCCAAUUGUCUUUACUGUAUAGUAGCUACAACAAUUGACAGUCAUAUAAUUUACUUAACAACAGUGUACACAGGCUCAGUGCGAUUAUUACCGCAAAACGUCUUCCAUUAAGUGGAUAGAGACUUCUAAUGUUUCGUAUGGGCAUCCAACUGUCUUGUCAACCAAGAUUGAUAAUCUGUAGAUUUGUUUCUUUUCUUUGUUCGCUUUAAUUAGAGUACAUUCAUAGAGUACAUUUUGUUGAAGAGUAUGACGUCAUACCAUGAAAAAGAAACAUUUAUUUGGUUGUAUUUUUGCAAUUUUCCUGGUGUCGCCGUCGGAAUGAUUUUGUUACCUUAUAUAUCGUUUUCCCAGAUAGCGUUGUGUAGACAUAGUGUUUUAAAGAUUUAAGCCAAACCUUUGUAAACUAAACUGAUUGACUGGGUUACAUAAAAAAAUGUUGUUAAAAUUGGGAGAUUCAAGCAAAAGCUAUACAGUUCUCGUUAUUUAUUAAUAAAUUCGCCGAAUUCGUCAUUGCUAACCGUCUGAAAUCCCGUUUUGGUUUAUGAAAUGUGAUGUUUAUUACUAAGUAAAUGAUUUUUUUUAGUCAUUAAGUCUAUUUGAAGAUGUAAAUAUUGCACAACGUAAAAUAACGGCUGUAGAUCUAAUUGUUGACACUCUCUGCGGUUCAGUCCUAGAAGAGGACCACACCGCGUCCGGUUUCAGUCUUCGUAGCAGCUGGUUAAAAUCCACAUAAGUAAUAGAAGGUCUUUUUAGUUUGUAAGUAAUCUUAGUUCCAAAUUACAAUGAUGUCUUAAUAAACGCUAAUGGUUGCAUUA